GAGACGCCUUCCCACCGCAGGCUCUCUUCUCUUUCACAUCAGUUUCAUUAAAUUUUUCCAGAACUUUCUUAUAAGCUCGCAGAUCUUUCUUUUGUGUCUUCUUGGUGGUCGUGAGAUGGCGCAUCAUCAAGACAACUCGGAUCAUCAUCGGUCUAUUGAUUCAGACGCACAGGAUUCUACUUCCAUGACCAUCGAAUUUCUUCGUGCACGUUUACUUGCUGAGAGAGCUAUUUCCAAGAGUGCUAGAGCUAAGCUUGAUGGACUAGCUGAUAAAGUAGCUGAGCUAGAGGAACAGCUUAAGAUUGUAUCUUUACAGAGAAAGAAGGCUGAACAGGCAACUGCUGAUGUUCUUGCCAUCCUGGAAGAAAAUGGAUUUACUGAUGUCUCUGAUGAUUAUGAUUCCAGCUCUGAUCAUGAAUGCCACUCUCAGACAAAUUCAGUUUUUGGCAAAACUUUAUCCUGGAAAGGCCGCAGGAGGGAACUGUGUUCUUCUGACAAGAUCAAGGAAAACCGGAAUAGGAGACAUCAUAGAGGUUUCGAGUCUGCUUAUUUUUCGUCACCAAGACACCGCCAAGGAAGAUCUUGUCGGCAAAUAAGGCGUAGUGAAUCAAGAAUUGUAUCUGAAGAUUGCAAGAGAGAUGGAAAUCCAGUUGAUUUUCAAGAAAACGGAGUUCACACUGAAGUUCUUCCUCAAACGGGUGAAGAAGCAUCCAAAACAGUGGUUGAUGUUACUGCUGUGAAGGGAGACGAAAGUUUGAACAAGUUGUCAAAUUCAAACGGUUUAGAGAAGGAUCACAGUAUGGACAUCAACUUGGAGAGAGCGUUAGAAAACCGUGCCCAGGUUAUUGGGUCUUUUGAAGGUAUGGAAGAGACUCAAAGGGAAUGGGAGACUCAAAGGGAAUGGGAGACAAAGUUGAGAGAGAAUAAUAAAUCAUCUGCCCUGGACUUAUGUGAUGUAGGAAACCAUUCAGAUGUGACAGAUGAAAGUAACGGGGAAAAGGCCCAAGCUCAGCUUCAAGGUUCCAUGGUAGUCCCUGCACUCCGUGAUACAAGGUCUAUAGCCAAUGAAGUUGACUUUAGCGAAUCGUCUGAAACUUUGUUGCAUGGUUUGCCUGAUAAUUCAGUAACAUCACCUGAUAAUUGUUGCAAAAGUUGCGGUUCCAGAUCUCUGGAACAAGAUGCUUCUCCUUCUGGAGACAAAGGAAAACAUAUUCCUGAGAGUCCUAAGAGUGAGGAUUCCCAUUCACAGAGAUGUAGAGGUAUCAGUGAGCACGCUUCAUCAACUAUUCAGUCACCACCUGUAACACAACCAAACUCGAAAGCUGGUUCUUUUUACAGUACUACCACUACCACCCAGAGAGUAGAGCAUCCUUUAGUUCCACUGAAAGAGGAGAAGGCUGAUACUUGUGAAACUGUACUCACCGCGCUAAAGCAAGCUAAGUUGUCUCUGCAAGAGAAAGUGAAUAGUCUACAUAUCAGAAAACCUGAUUGUCUCUCUGAAAGCUCGUAUACUUCAACACCAGGUUCAUAUAUGAACACAAACUCACUGCCGAUAGAACCAGCUUUUAGUACUAGACCAUCUCUCCCUGCUUCCAGUGUUGGGUCCAUGGUAGAGUUUCCUGUUGCCUGUGCUGGACUUUUCCGUGUACCCACUGAUUUUUCAUCUGAUGCUUCAAACAGGAACAAUUCUCUAGCUUUGAGUUCUCAGAAAGCUAUUGUUAUGCAUAUUCCUGAGCGAGACAUCGCCCUAGUACCUGGAGAUCAGCUUUUCACCAAAACAUCCACAAGAAAUCUCCUAAAUGGGGGUUUCCAAAGCCAAUUAGAGACCCGUCCACCUUUUUCAGCAGAUGACCGACUUUUGACCACCCCAUACAUCGGUGGACCAAAACUGUGGUCCAGCUUCAGAGCAGAUGAUCCACCGAUAGUUGAUGUUCCAGGAUUCAGACUUUAUAAAGGUACACCAAGAGUUUCAAGCAGUGCAACCUCUGGUGGAACAUCUAGUUUUGAAGGGAACCAAGUAUCCUCAACUAGCCUAAACUUGGAUAAACGAGCAAGUACAUAUACUCCCGUGAUUCCUAAUCAAAGCUUGUAUCCCGAUUCAGUUCUAAGUAGUAGAGAAUUGUAUUCAACUCCUUAUUACACACGCCCCAUUGGGCGACCUCCUACCGGUGGUUCAGAUGAUGGCUUAUAUAGGCGAGUAUGAUUCUGCUGGAUGCUUGCAUGUGAUCAAACCUGCAUACCAUUGUUGGUCUUUGUAGAGUGUUCUUGUAUUAAACUGUUUGUAUGACUUAGGCGGAAACAUAGUCUAAACAUUGUAAAGAAUAUGCAAAACUUGUGUAUGUGAUUGAUAACUUUGUAUCCAUAGGACCUUGGCCGUUGUUAUGUAUGACCCGUUUGUGCGUUGUUAUGCAUAACUUUGUAAACCAUAGGAUCUUCGCCGUUGUUAUGUAUUGAUUAAGUUUGAGCGUUUAUUGAAUAAAUUUAUGUUACUUA